UUAUUUUAUUUAAUAAAGUAACAUGUACUUUUAUAGAUAUUACAGGCACAUUAGAAGUAUUGAGACAUUGGUUUUCUCUUUUUAUUGAAUGGUUGAGGUUAUAUGUCGAUCUUACAUUUGUAGUGUACAUUGAACAGUUAUUAUAUACUUCAAUUAUCAAGUACGAGAUGACAUCAGAAAUUGGUAAGUUUGUUGAAACUUUGGUAAAAGAUGAACAAAAAGAUUUAGUAUCAUCUGUAGAAGAUAAACAUGUUGGUGUAAUAAAUAAAAGAGAAGAUAUUGGAGUUCAGCCUUUGUCUAAUGUUAAAAAUAUUACCAAGGACUUACUUCUAAUUGAAUCAGAAAAAGAUGGUAUAACAGCCCAAGAAUCUGUGAUGAAAUUUCCUACUUUAACAAAUACAACUGAACCAUUGAAUAUUAAUUCUAUUGAUAACAAUAAUAGAAAAAAUAUUGAAUGUUCAGAUAGUAAUAUAAUUGUUAAUGAAUAUAAUAUGAUCGACAUAGAUCGAGCUAUUGAGAAUAGCGAUACUCAAACAGGAUCUGUUAAUUCAUCUGUACAAGAAUAUAAUGCUGAUAUUGAUAAUCAAUUACCAGAAACUGUUACACUACUUAGAACACCAAAUGGUGGAAAACUAUAUUUGGUAGGAACAGCACAUUUUAGUAUUGAAAGUCAAAAUGAUGUAUCAAAGAUAAUACAAGCUGUACAGCCUCAUAUAGUUGUUGUUGAACUAUGUAGAGCUAGGAUUGGUAUAUUACAGCUCGAUGAACAAGUAAUGUAUCAUUAUGCAAAACAUCUGAAUCUUCAAAGCAUUCAGGGUACUUUUAAGGAGUAUGGCUUAUAUAAUGGAUUACUAAAUAUUCUCUUACUAAAGAUGGUUGCUCAUAUCACUAAAGAACUUGGAAUGGCACCUGGGGGAGAGUUCCGCAGAGCUUUCGAGGAGGCAAAAAAAGUUCCAUAUUGUAUGUUUUACAUGGGAGAUCGUCCAAUAGAUAUAACCAUUCAACGUACAGUACGAUUUUUAUCUUGGUGGCAAACAAUAAAAUUAGUAUGGCAUUUAAUAAAGAUAAAAGAUCCAAUUAGUAAAAAGGACGUAGAAUUAUGUAAACAAAAAGCUUAUUUAGAUGAAAUGGUUGCUAAAAUGAGUGGAGAGUUUCCUGUAUUAGGGGAAGUUUUUAUUAAAGAACGAGAUAUCUAUUUAACACAUUCUCUUCAAUUGGCUUGUUUACCUGAAUAUACGUCUAAGGGUUUGGAGCCAACAAGAGUUGUUGGCGUUGUUGGCUUGGGUCAUAUACCAGGCAUUGUUGAUAAUUGGGGUAAAGUUCAACCUUCUGAUAUACCACCUAUCAUGAGUAUACCACCAUUAUCAUUAUCAAGUAAAAUAUUAAAAUUUACAUUUAAAGCAUCUUUAAUAGGUGCUGUAAUUUAUGUAGGAUAUAAAAUUAUACCACUAGAUUCUAUCAAGUCAUCGGUACAGGGACUUUUAAAGAAUCUAUCAUCUUUCUUUGGAUUUUAUAUUGAUAUAAACAUAUGGUAAGCAUGAACUUCGAUCUUUGUGUAGAUGAAUAUACUCAUGAUAUACCUGGUGUCAUGUAUGUAACUAAUAACAUACCUGGUCCAGGUAUAAAUGUGGAUGAUUUUGAAUCUGUAUUUACAUCAGGUUGUUCAUGUACACUUGAAUGC